GGAAAAUCACAGCCCUCCUGCUCGAAUGCACACACACUGGGAAGACCUGUAAAAGAGGCAGAGUCCAUCCAGAUCCACAUCCAGAUCCACAUCCAGAGAAGAGUCCAUCAGAGAUCUGACACAUCUGAGCCUGGACCAGACACCACCAGGAUGUCGUUCUACGGUAGUUUUCUGUCUGAUGAGCAGUUCCAGUGCUCCAUCUGUCUGGACGUGUUCACGAACCCGUCGUCCACUCCGUGUGGACACAGCUUCUGCAUGCCCUGCAUCAGCAGGUACUGGGAUGGACUGAAGGUUUGCCAGUGUCCUCUGUGUAAGAAGACCUUCCAGAAGAGACCAGACCUCCAGAUCAACAGGACGCUUCGAGAGAUUACAGAGCAGUUCAGAUCAAUGAAAGGAGGAGGAGGAGGAAUGGGGCAGGACAAGAGAGGAGGAAGAGGAGGAGGAGGAGGAGGAGGAGGAGAUGGAGAUGAUUUUCUCCAUGAGUUGCAGAGAAAAGUCCUGCAACAUCCACCAAAGCACAACGACUUCAAUGAGGCUCAGUUUCAAGGCCAGCCCAUCCAGACCUGUUAUUCUCCGACCCACUCCCAGUACACAAACAAGCUAGCGUCCUCUGUGCCCAACCAGAGCCCCAUGGCUGCCCUGGUCCUGAUGCAGACCCACAACCACAACUCCAUAGCUCCUCCGUGGAGCUUCAGUAACCGCAGACGGUUCACCUUGAGUGGGGCAGCAGACAGCCACAGCCUGCCUCUGUGUGACCUCCACCACAGAGGAAUAAUGCUUUACUGUAGGGACGAUCAAAUGUGCAUCUGUCCUGAAUGUGCAACCUCAGACCAUCCGGAUCAUGAUGUGGUCAACAUCGAAACUGAAUACGUGAAAACAAAGGCCCAGCUGAGCACGUCUCAACAGGAGAUCCAGGAGAUGAUCAGAGAGAGGAUCAAGAAGAUCGACGAGAUCAAGAAGUCAGUGACUGAAAUGGAGUUGGCGGUGGAGCGGGAGACAGCGGGCAGCGUGUGCAUGAUGUCUGCGCUGGUUUCUGCCAUCGAACGCUCCCAGGCUGAGCUGAUGGAGGUGAUGGAGAUGAGCCGCAGGGCUGCAGGACACCAGGCCGACACCAUGAUCCGACAGCUGGAGAUGGAGGUGGCAGAACUGAAGAGGAGAGAAAACGCACUCGCCAAGCUCUCCCAGUCUGAUGACCACAUGCACUGUGUCAAGACGUUCCCAGCUCUGUCUGUGCCUCCGCCGGCCAAAGACUGGAGCGGCGUGUCGGUGAACUCUGACCUGGGAACUGGGACCAUCUACAGGUCACUGGCAGCUCUGGUGGAGAAGUUUCAGGAAGAGCUGAAACACAUAGCUGAAACAGGUUUUCCAGCCUCAGCGCUGGAGCCCAGCCCAGUCCGAACCCAGCCCAGGAUGAAGAGGCUGCAGGAGUAUGCAGUGGAUGUGACUCUGGACUCCGACACGGCCCAUCCCAGACUGAUCCUGUCAGAAGACUUGAAAAGUGUGAAGUGUGGGGAUCGGCACCAGUUGGUCCCUGACAACCCAGAGAGGUUUGACAGAGUGGUGUGUGUCCUGGGCAGGGAGGCCAUUUCCUCUGGGAGGCACUACUGGGAGGUGGAGGUGGGCGGGAAGACGGACUGGGAUCUGGGCGUGGCCAAACAAUCCAUCAACAGGAAGGGGAAGAUCGAGGUCACACCCAACAACGGAUACUGGUUCCUCAGUCUGCGAGACAAGAGUAAGUACGCCUUCCGUACAGAAACAUCCACUGACGUCCCUCUGAACCUGCGACCCCACAAGAUUGGAAUAUUUGUGGACUUUGAGAGAGGACAGGUGUCCUUCUACAACGUCGAUACUAAGAUCCACAUCUACACCUUCAACGACGUGUUCAAUGAAAACAUCUACCCGUUCUUCAGCCCCUUUACAAAUAAAUCUGGAAAGAACGACGGGCCGCUCGUCAUCACACCAGUAAACCCAACAGAAUGAUAGAAAACCUGAAAGCUUUGGAUUUGUUUGUUUUUUUAACGGUCAUCUUCAGUCUUUAACUUUCCCGUAGCUGUGAACUUCCUGAGGAUCUGCGUCAGACUUUUUCUAUGCUUUGUAAACACACAUAAGAGGGCUGUUGCAUAAUGUGAAUUAUGCAUGUUUGGGGAUUCAUUCAAAAAUGCUCAUCCAGUGAUAUUUUGAAGACAUGUUUUAACUUUUUCAUGAGGUGACUCUUAAUGAAACAGUAACAGUGUACAUAGUUUAUCUUAUUUGUAAUAAUUGUAAAAGUCUAAUUAUUUUAUUGCAAUGUUUCUUUAACCUCCUCAGACCCAGGAAAUGUCAGCAAAGUACCAGCUUUAUUUGUUUUUUUAUUAAAUCAGUGCCUAUAUUGGAAACGUCAUGAUGUGACAGUUUUUUCAGAUGCAGUUUUUUUUUUUUUAAUUUUUAUGGAAUGUCCUUUGUGGUGGACAGUUUUUUCUUUUUUUUGUACAAAGCUGUGAAACUCUUGUCAGAAAACCCACAGCUGGGUCUACGGAGGAUAUGCAUUUAACAUCCUAAGAAAAACAGCAUUGGACAAAUCUUUGAAUUUUUGUAUUUCCUUAUAUAAAAAAAACAAAAAACAUAAAAAUCUAGGACUAUUGUCUUAUUUUAGUGUCCAUUUGUAAAAUAUAUAUAUUAAAAAAAAAAUAUCUAAUUUACAAAUCAUGUUAUAAUGCUGCUAAAAUUAUACUGAUACUAACUUUGUCCUCAUGUAUAAAGUUGAAUAAACAUUAAAUAUAUGGUAUUAACCACA